CGCUUACGCGUGGGGAGUAGAGGCAACUGCCUGCCUUACCAUUCCUAUAAAAUCUUUUUGUUUCUGUAUCUUUCGCCCAAAUCCACAGGUUUUCUUUCAAGGGCCUGAUCCAUUGCAGUCUUUCUGGAUUUUGGAGAGGAGGAAAGGAAUCUAAAGCAAUGGAAGCCAGAUUAGACCUCGACGGGAAUCCGAUCAGGCCUAUUACAAUCUGCAUGAUCGGGGCUGGGGGUUUCAUCGGCUCACACCUCUGCGAGAAACUAAUGACCGAGACGCCGCACACGGUUCUUGCUGUCGACGUUUAUAAUGACAAGAUCAAGCACUUAAUGGAGCAACCGGCGGGUGGACAGCCCCAUCCCUGGGUUGGCCGGAUCCAAUUCCACCGCCUCAACAUCAAGAAUGACUCCAGGCUCGAAGGCCUCAUCAAAAUGUCUGAUCUGACGAUCAACCUGGCGGCCAUUUGCACUCCGGCCGACUACAACACGCGUCCGCUUGAUACCAUUUACAGCAAUUUCAUCGACGCUCUUCCAGUGGUCCGAUAUUGCUCGGAGAAUGACAAACGUUUGAUUCACUUUUCCACAUGUGAAGUGUAUGGAAAAACGAUUGGUAGCUUCCUCCCAAAGGAUCACCCGCUUCGUAAGGAACCAGAAUUUUAUGUCCUAAAGGAGGAUUUGUCACCUUGCAUUUUGGGCCCCAUUGAGAAACAGAGGUGGUCCUAUGCAUGUGCCAAACAACUCACCGAAAGAUUAAUAUAUGCCGAGGGUGCAGAGAAUGGUCUCGAGUUUACCAUUGUAAGACCUUUCAACUGGAUCGGACCAAGAAUGGACUUUAUUCCUGGAGUUGAUGGUCCCAGUGAGGGUGUGCCAAGAGUUCUGGCAUGUUUUAGCAAUAAUCUUCUGCGUCGUGAACCUUUGAAGCUUGUUGAUGGCGGGCAAUCUCUGCGAACCUUUGUGUACAUCAAAGAUGCCAUUGAAGCUGUUCUUUUAAUGAUUGAAAAUCCUGAUCGAGCAAAUGGCCAUAUAUUUAACGUGGGAAAUCCUAACAAUGAAGUCACAGUCAAGCAACUUGCAGAGAUUAUGACUGAGGUGUACUCUAAGGUAUCUGGCGAGCCUCCACUUGAGGUUCCAACCAUUGAUAUUAGUUCAGAAGAGUUUUACGGUGAAGGAUAUGAUGACAGCGACAGAAGGAUUCCAGACAUGACUAUAAUCAAUAGACAACUGGGUUGGAAUCCGAAGACGUCUCUGCAUGACCUGCUGUAUUCUACAUUAACUUACCAGCGUAAGACAUAUGCAGAAGCCAUCAAGAGGAUGAUGGCAAAACCUACUGCAACCAGUUAGAAGAUGUUUUUCGAAGCAAUUUUCAUUCGUUUACAUUUUGCUUUUACCUUUGUGUUCGAAUGCCUAAGUGUUGGACAUAUUCAUUUCUGUGGCUGGAAUGGUUUACUUUAUUGAUGAUAAAUUUUUGUCAUUAGUAUUAUUGGCAUUGCUUACUUUCCAAAAACAAAAACAUUUACUUACAGGUUUGUCCUUGUCCUGGCAUUGGUGCAAAUUUGUUAUUUGCAAAGCUAACAGAAUUUUGUUUUUGGCUAGUA